AUGAGGAGCAUGCCUAUCUACAAAGCUGAAACUCCAAUGGUUUUAUUUUUCCGCCUGGGUUCAUUGUCUGUGUCUAAAUCCCAGUUGAUGAACAUGUUGAUCAAUGACCGCCACAAUACAUUCUUCCACAGAAACUGUCCAGGAAGUACUAAAUCUCGUCAUUUGAUGGAUGGUGUGGCAGAGAUUGCCUGGUACUGCCCAGCUGGAAAACCUAACGAUUCCUUUACAAACUGCAUUGCUUUCUGUAAUCUUCAUGGCGAUGCUUUGUCAGUUGAAAAACAACGAGAAACACUGACUGAAAAAUCUUCAGUCACAGUUAUUCUUGUGCCAACUUUGGAGAAAAGUCAGGGAAGUAGUACAGUCAUCUCAACCCUGUACAAGUCUUCAAAACCUCUUAUAAUUCUUAUUGGUGAUGAGGACUUCAGUGCAGUUCAGAUGAAACCACUAAAAUACAAACUGGGUGUAAAAGACAGAAACCAGUCUGAUGUUUCAGAAGAAGUGAAAAAUAUUAUUGUAAAGAUCUUGUCUGGACCCCACACUUCUUUCAAGCUUGAAUCUAUGGUCAAAGUUUCUGGCAUCACAGUGGAUGAAAAAGAAACAGUUUGCCAAAAGGGACAAUCUGCUGCAAUGAACAUAGUAAAACUGAUCGACAACAAGAAUCUUGCCAACAUCAAAAAUCAUUUUUUCCCUUGUCAAGGUCAGCUUUGGCACGACUGGUGCAAAAUAAACAAGGAAAUACACCAUCUCAAAGGACAUAUUGAGAAGGAAAAAGUCAAAAAAAUUGACCAACAAAUGAAACUACGACAGGACCAGUGUACCGCUUCUAGUGAGAAACCCUGUAGUACAUUAAUGGAGUUAUUCACUGACAGUCUCAUGACUUUGCCACCAAAGGACAGAGAAUUUUUCUUGAAAUGGACUCAGAUACUCAUUGAUGCCCUCUUUACAGAUGAUCUGUCUUUAAUUCUCCAAAAGUAUGAUGAAGUAUGGUCCGAAGUCUUAGAACUCAAAAAGCAACAUGACAAAUCUGACAAAUUAAGACACAAACAAACAGACCUGGAAGAGUUGUCUAAAAAGCUGCAAUCAGCAACCUUUGGCCUGGAGCACAUCUUUAGAGAAAUGGGACAAAUCUAUGAAGCCCAUACAUCUAAGAAGAAACAAACACAAAGCCAAAAGACUAAAUGGACUAAAUACCCUGAGCUGGCUGCAGAUCUGAUGAUAUCAGGACACCCGAUGGAGCUGAUGGAUGGUGAUGCAGGUCAUGUGCCUUUAAUAUGGAUCUUUAGUCUUUUACAAGAAGUCAUCAAGAAACUGGGUGACAAGAGAGUUUUUGUGUUGUCAGUUUUGGGUGUACAAAGCAGUGGAAAGUCAACAAUGCUGAAUGCUAUGUUUGGACUGCAGUUUGCAGUGAGUGCUGGGAGGUGCACCAAAGGUGCCUACAUGCAGCUGGUUGAACUGUCAGAGGAAAUCAAGAAAGAUUUCAAGUUUGAUUAUGUUCUAGUUGUGGACACUGAAGGACUGCGUGCUCUUGAACUGGAGGGUAAUAACACUCUUCAUCAUGACAAUGAACUGGCAACAUUUGUUGUCGGCCUCGGAAACAUGACAUUGAUCAACAUCUUUGGGGAAAAUCCAGCUGAGAUGCAGGAUGUCCUGCAGAUAGUUGUUCAGGCGUUCAUGAGGAUGAAGAAAGUCAAUCUUACUCCAAGUUGUGUGUUUGUUCAUCAGAAUGUUGCAGACAUUUCAGCAGCAGAGAAAAAUAUGGAAGGAAAAAGACGUUUGCAAGAAAAACUGGACAAGAUGGCUCAACUUGCUGCCAAAGAGGAGGAGUGUGAUGCAGAGUGUUUCAGCGAUGUCAUUGCAUUUGAUGUGCAAAAGGAUGUAAAAUACUUUGGCCAGCUCUGGGAGGGAAGUCCUCCAAUGGCUCCUCCAAAUCCAGGCUAUAGUGAGAGUGUCCAAGAACUGAGGAACAUCAUUCUAUCUAAGGCCUCAUCGUCUCCUGGGAUAACUCUGUCACAUUUCAACAACAAAAUCCAGGAUCUGUGGAAUGCCUUGAUGAACGAACACUUUGUUUUUAGUUUCAAAAACACCCAAGAAAUUUCAACAUAUAGAAAACUUGAGGUCCAGUAUGGAAACUGGACUUGGGACCUGAGGAAUGAGAUGUUGACCAUUGAAAACCAGCUUUAUCUCAGAACUGAGAAGGGACAGCUUGACAAUCUGAAGCUCAGCCAUCUUUUUGAAGAAAUGAGAAAAACAUAUGAAAAAAUAAAAAAAGACAUUGCAACUUAUUUUGAGACAGACAAAGACAAAGACAUUUUGGUUCAGUGGCGGGGGAAAUUUGAAACCAAAAUCAAAGAGUUUCAUGAGGAGCUCGUAGGAGGAAUGCAAAGAAAACUGGAUGAAGUUAUCCAGCAGAGAAAUGCUCGUACAAACCUUGACAAGAAGAAGACAGAGUUUGAGGAGAAGCUGCUCCAACAGAGCAAAGAGCUCGCUCACCAGUUCAAAGGCAUUGCAAAAGAUGAAGAGAAACUCAAUUUUCAGUUCAAUAAAGUUUGGAGUCAAUGGGUUAAAGAAUUAACAUCAAAUGCAAAACCCAUAGAGGGUAUAAAACUGGAGAAAGACCAGUCAGCUGUCCUCCAAGAGCUUGGCAUUGAAUUGGAUCAUAUUGAUGAAUCAAAAAAAAGUCAGAGAUACAAAGACUUGUCAGAAGCUGGAGAUUAUACUCAUUACAUAACCUUUAAAAAGAGCAUGGAAGGUAAUGUAAAUUAUUUGAUAGCAAAAUUUUCUUCAUGUGAACAACAGACACUGAUCCGAUCUUUCAUUAAUGAUGUUGAACAAGACUGUCUGAAGUCCAUUGAGAGCAAACCUGUUGCAACAAGAGGCUACAGAUCAGCUUAUUUGCAGGAAGUGGCCAAAAAUAUUCAAAAGAAAGUGGCAGAGUUUCAGACGAGGCAGAAAUUUACAUUUAAAAAGGAGUUUACAGUUGAUUUGUCACUGUAUGUGUUUGACAGAGCAGCAAAUUGGAUUUUACAGUCUCACAAGACAUACAGAGAUAACAAUGAUAUAGUCACUGUUUUGAACAGCAAGAAAACAGAAUAUUACAACAUUUUCAGGAGUUUUUGUAGAGGCAACUCCACUGCUGUUGUGUUUGGAGAAAUCAUGAGUAAAAACUUGAAGGUCUCCACUUUUGAGGCUGUCUGUAACAAAACUGGUGUUGAAAUUGCUGGAGAGAUGAGGUGCAAUGUUCCAGCAUUCAGUGGAAACAGGUUGAACUUGGAGAAACAUGUGUUGGCAUGGCUCGCAGAGAAAGAAGAUUUUAACAGUUUCAUUACCUACAUCAGAAAUCCAAGGGACCAAGUUGAAACUUUUAUCAAAGAUGAAGUGCAGAAAUACAUGUUCACAACAUACAAAGACAAAGCUCUAAAUAUUCUGAAGAAAAAUGUCGAGAACAUUAGCAAAUUUGUCUGUCAAGCGUUGUUUGAGGCAACAGAGAACGUCAAAAAGAACCACGGAGACACAGACAUGUGGGUGAAGGAGUUUUCCCAUGCACUGAAACCUAACCUGACACUUGACACCAUUUACUGUCAGAACUUCAGGGAUAUCAACAAUUUUGACUUUCUUAAAGAAGAAUUGGAGAAAGACUUUGUUGAUGUCACUGAAAACAUGAGCCUCCUCUCCCUGGAUGCGGUGAUGAACUGCAGGCAGAAACCUGACCAAAUCCUCAUUGAUCAGCUGUGUGACUGCUGCUGGGAAAAGUGCCCAUUCUGUUCAGCAGUUUGUACCAACACGCUGAAAGACCACAGUCCUGAGAAACACAGUGUUCCUUUUCAUCGACCUUCAGGAGUUAAAGGCUAUUACAAAAGAGGCACAAUAGAUCUACUCAUUGAUUUCUGCACAACUCUAGUUGCAAGUGACAAAACUUUCCACCCUGAAUAUAACUCAAGUGAGAGUAUUCGCUUUAAACAGUAUGCAGAUGCCGGAGAGAAAUAUGCUUCAUGGAGCAUUACUGCUGAUGCAUCCAUGCUGACUUACUGGAAGUGGUUCAUUUGUCGCUUUGAAAAGCACCUGGAAGACCGCUAUAAAAAGAAAUUUCAGGGCAAAGGAGAAAUUCCYGAUGAAUGGAGAAACUGCAGUAAAAAAGAAGCCAUUGAAAGUCUGGAUGAGAUGUGUAGGUUGUAAAAAACAAAACAGGGAUGGUGUCAAAAGUAACUCACUUAAGAGUCCUUUCACCAUUUAUAAAAGGGCCUUUAUAAUUAAAAAGACAGAAAUACUGGCGUGAAGUUGCUCUGAAAUCAGUGAAGCAACUACAGUUUAUAAUUUUAUUAUAGUGCUUUUAUUCAAUAAAAUAUAUAGUUGAACAACAAUGCUUUGUAACAGUCCAAGUAACUAAAUGUUUGAUG